AUGAAACGCUUUUUUUUAAAGAGGGCCUACCGAAUAUGCUUUAGAAACCCUUUUCUGAUGCGUAUGGGUACUCUGGACGAGGUUCGUGAAGCACUGAGGCUAAAGAUAGGCUCCCAGCCAUCGCUGUGGGACAAUAGCCUAGGCCUCACAGGUGUGGUUUGUUAUCGCCGCCGUUUUAACGGCAUCAGUGGACCGCGUAUUGGCCAUCCUCCGUUUGAGCUUUGUUUCUCGAUCAAUAUGAAAAAGAAGGUAACCGCCGACAUCCGUUCGCUUGUCGAACAUACGGUUAAUACCGGCGAGCGUAGUUUGUUUGUCAUCGUUGGUGACAAGGGCCGUUUACAGGUGGCCAACCUCCAUUAUCUGCACCAGAGGGUCUCUGGCACAAAGGCCAAGGUACUUUGGUGUUACAAGAAGAACCUGGAGAUGUCUUCUAAUGCCCGCAAGCGCCACAAAGCUCAGAAGAAACUUGCAUACCGCGGAUUGUACGAUGAAGCUACUGAGGACCCCUAUGAGUUAUUCGUUCGUACAACCGAUAUACGGUACUGCUACUACAAGGAAUCACAAAAGGUUCUUGGUCAGACAUUUGGGUUCCUUGUGCUUCAGGAUUUCGAGGCACUGACACCCAAUGUACUCUGCCGUACUGUAGAAACAGUACAGGGCGGCGGUGUCAUUGUAAUUUUACUGCAAACGAUGUCAUCUCUGAACCAGUUAUACGAGAUUUCAAUGGAUAUCCAUGCUAAGCUCGUUAGUCAUGGUCACGCGACUGUUGAACCGCGUUUUGUGAAGCGUUUCAUCUACUCACUGUCAACUGCAUGUAAUACUAUCGUAUUGGAUGACGAACUUAACGUGCUCCCUAUCGCAAAGAUGAAGCUGUCUAGCCUUGAGAAAUGUCGAAGUGACAAGAAGCUGGCCAAGUUGCAACUUUCUCUCACCUCUAGCGAGGAGGAUGCGCUUGAGAUGAAACUGCUUACCAAAAUCUCUACUCUCUGUAUCAAACAUGGCCAGUUGAAGGCGAUUAUUACAUUAUUUAAUGCGGUCUCCAAGGGUGCUGAGAUCGUGCAGCGCCUGAACAUUACAACGAUCAUCAGCGCACGUGGUAGGGCGCCUGCCAUGGAGAACGUGCAGACGUUGUACAGUUUCUUGGAAAGCGGUUUGAAGUUGCUUGGCACUCCCGAGAAUGCCAAUGUUGUCGUAUCACGUAAAGAUGGUUACAUCGACAGUUUGAUGCUGAGUGUGAAAGGUAGCACUUGCGUCAAGUUUGUCGAAUCCAGCAGUAUCGACCCCAAAUCUGGAGCUAGUAACUACUUGUAUGACAUAUUGAUCAUCGAGGAAGCAGCAUCUAUACCGUUACCAAUUGUGGAGUCACUGUGUAAGAAAGGUAUUGUUAUCCUAUCUUCCACUGUUGGUGGAUAUGAGGGUACGGGUCGUUCUCUCAGUUUGAAGCUGAUAGAGCGAUUCCGAAACACAAACCCCGAUGCACUGACAGAGAUAACUCUAAAGGAGCCUAUACGUUACAGCAAGAACGAUUCUAUUGAGGCUUGGUUGAACAGUGUAUUAUGUCUGGGCAGCCCUGUGGAUGAUGCUAAAGACCGUGCAACGUUGCCACCCCCAAACAAGUGUCAUCUGUACCUGGUCAAUCGUGAUGUACUGUUUUCAUACCACCCUAAGGCUGAAUCUUUCCUGAGUUCAGUCGUAGCGGUGUUAUCAUCUUCGCAUUACCGAAACUCUCCCGAUGACCUUUUACUACUCAGCGAUGCGCCUGCGCACAAGUUACUAGUACUGAUGGCACCUGGAUUGGAGUCUGAAGAAACCGAUCCUGAGCUGAAGAACAGUGUAUUUUGUGUUCUGCAUGUGGCCAUUGAGGGCCGUAUAAGUAAAUUGGUUGCUAAAGAGGCAGUAUCUCAGGGCACCACCAAGCGUAGCGGUGAUUUGAUCCCGUGGACCCUCACACAGAACUUUUGCAGUGACGAUUUUUGUCAGCUUUUGGGUGUACGUAUCGUCCGUGUUGCUGUACCACAGGCGUUACAGAAUAUGGGUUACGGUAGCGAGUGUCUGUCACAGUUCGUUAACAACAUAGACGGUGUGGUGAAUCAAGUUGUUGCACAGUCGUCUUUGCUUGUACCUGUAGACCCAUCUGCUGGUUGCAAGGAGGGUGCUGAGAAGGUAGACUACGUCGGCACAUGUUUUGGAUUGAAUACCCAGUUGCUGAAAUUCUGGACUAAGCUCUCAUUCAAACCUGUUUACUGUCGCCAGGUACCCAACGAAGCUACAGGGGAGUACUCCAUAAUUCUUUUGCGUUCUACCAACCAAGUUUCGGAUGGCGAUAACGAACCCGGAGCUGAGGGAUGGCGUAAGGAGUGGCUCAAUGAAUUUUGUGAAGACUUUUCUAGACGUUUGCUUGGCCUGGGUGGUGCAUGCUGGCGUUCUCUCCCGGCCACCUUGCUGCUCAUGAUGAUAACAUCUUCCAGCGAGCACGUGGUACCCCAAGACCAUAAGAGCCUACUAGAAGUGGGUAUCACCACGAUACCAACGGCGACGGCGCUGCUGGACAUCGUAUUAUCGGAGACCCAGCGCCGUACUCCCACUGAAGUUCACAAGCAAUUCAAGAUAUCACGUAUUCGGAAGUUUUAUAUGCGCAAGGUAAAGUAUGUCCAGCAAGCGUUCCGCGACCGUCUUCAAAGGAUCCUUACUCAGCUUCCUCAGUUGGAUGAUAUACACCCAUUCUACAGUGAUCUUUUCAAUGUAUUGUAUGACCGUGAUCACUACAAGCUUGCUUUGGGGCAUUGCAAUGCUGCACGCCGUCACCUGGACAAAAUCGCAAAGGAGCAUGUGGGCUUAAUAAAGUUCGCCAUCUCCGCAUAUCGCUGCAAAUCGCUGAAGGUGGCAGGUUUGGGUCGUAUGGCCAAGGUGAUACGGAAGUUGGCUGGCAGCUUGAAAUAUUUGGAGGAUGUUCGACAACACAUGUCACGUCUACCUUCUAUCAACCCAUACACUCGUACAUUAUUGCUCACAGGUUACCCUAAUGUGGGUAAAUCUAGUUUUAUGAACAAGGUUAGCAAGGCAAACGUUGAUGUUCAGCCAUACAGCUUCACGACCAAAAGUCUAUAUGUUGGUCACUUCGACCAUGACUACCUGCGGUGGCAAGUCAUUGACACCCCUGGUUUGCUGGACCACCCCUUGGAUGAGAGGAACACUAUCGAAAUGACCGCUAUCACUGCCCUAGCGCAUAUUCACUGUGCCGUGUUGUUCUUCAUCGACGUCAGCGAGUCCUGCGGAUACUCUAUCGCCCAGCAGGUAUCCCUUUUCGAGUCUAUAAGACCGUUAUUUAGGGAGAAACCGACAUUGAUAGUGCUGAAUAAGAUCGAUUUGGGUCCUUUUGACAUGGGUCAGAUGGCAUCUUUAGAUGGUUUGCGUUGGGUGAAGGUAUCAGCAUUGACUGGAGAGAAUGUGGAUGAUGCUAAGAUUGCUGCUUGUCGUCUUUUACUUGAGUCUCGCUUGGAGAAGAAGCUUCUGCAGGCACCUCAGAGCGCGGUUAUGAAGCUAGCUUAUGUUACAAAUGUCGCAGCCAAUCCGUCCAGACCUCCUGCAGGGCGUCCUGACAACGACGGUUAUGAGGUUGAAACCGAGAAGUCUCUGGAGGCUGUUGGAGGUGGACCUGGAGUCUACUCCGUUGAUCAUCGCAAGCAUCAUAUUUUGGCUGACGAGGAAUGGCGUUAUGACGAAGUGCCUGAGAUAUACCGUGGUCGCAAUGUCAUCGACUAUGCCUACCCUGGCAACGAUGAAACUUUGCGUCGUCUUGAAAAGGAAGAGGAGUUGCUGUUACGUCAGUUGGCUGAGGACAAUAUCGACGACGAGUGGGAGGACUUAGUUUCUCGUGAAUCGGCAAUGCAUGCUCGCAUCCGUCAAUUGAAGUUUGAGCGCUCUUUGAAACGGAAGAAGGGCGGUCCAGUGUUGAAUGAUACCAUAAAGGUGAAGAAGAUGCGUAGUCGUGGAAAGGACCGUAUUAAACUACACCAGCGUGCUUCGCGUCUUGCUCCCAUGCCUAUCGAUAGUAUAACUGACAAGCUCGAGACGGCUAAAUUACGCCAGCGCAAGGACCAGGGUGAGGCCGUCCCGUUUGUACGUCCCAAGGCUCGCGUUAAGGUUCCAAAGGGUACUUACAGCGAACAUGACCGUACAAUCCCAGUCAAGCGUCCUAAACACAUGCUUACUGGUAAACGCACCUUGGGUAAAACCUCACGUAGGUGA